AAGAAGUGAAUGGGUCCCGAAAGCUCGCGAGAGUCGGUGGGCAGGACGGAGAGCUAGCUAAAGCUAAACAGUCUGUCGGAGGCAAAUAAAACUAAAACCAAGCACAAAUAUGUCUGGACGCUCGGUUCGCGCUGAGACACGAAGCCGCGCUAAAGAUGACAUGAAGAAGGUGAUGGCGGCCAUUGAGAGGGUCAGAAGAUGGGAGAAGAAAUGGGUCACUGUCGGGGACACAUCUUUGAGGAUAUUCAAAUGGGUACCAGUGGUGGAUACAAAAGAAGAGAAGAGUAAGGUGGUCCCGGCUGGGGCAGUCAGGGAGCUGAAUAGCUUCUCCACAGAUCCAGCCUCAGAAAACACACACUCAAGUCAUCUGGAUUUUCAUGAUGAGAACAGUAACCAGAGCUCUCUGUCUGAUGCGUACCAGCCCAAAGUGGACAGCAGCAGUAACUCUAGCCCCCAGCCUAGUGAACCUCUGAGCCCCAAGAACCUGUGUGACUUCCGCACAGAUGACUCACAGCCCCCGACUCUGGGCCAGGAGAUCAUGGAGGAGCCGUCAUUGCCAAGUGAACUGGCUGACGAACCUCCGUUGCUAAUUAAAGAGGACUUGUUGCCCCUCACUACUCCGGAGGAAGAGGAGUGUUCUGGAGCUCCACCACUGAAGAGGGUGUGUUCUGAGCAGAACUCUGUCCUGCAGAGCUCCUCAAUGAUGAGCUAACACACUGCACAUAGCAUCAGACUCGGACCCAAUUCACUUCAGGCACUUUGUUGAAUCUCAUUUUUUGAUUUGGAAAAAUCAUCAUUUUCAAUGACAGACAUUUCUGGUUCAUAAAUUGAACAAAACAUUUCAAACAAAUUGAACUCUGAACUAAUUUGCUGAUUUUAAAAUAAAAAGUGCUUUGAACCAGGCCCUGCUUAGCUUUCAGUCAGCGAGUUGCACGACUGCAAGUCUAUCCUCCGAUGACUGCAAUGGAUACAUUUUAAGGACCAGACAUAUAGAAGGACCACCAUACUUGUUAUGAUUUUAUAUUGAAUCUCUUUCAAAGUGAUUUCAUUUUCCCCUUAAAGGACCCAUGAAUAUGUAUUUUUUUUAUUUUACCUUUAUUUAACCAGGUAGGCUAGUUGAGAACAAGUUCUCAUUUGCAACUGCAACCUGGCCAAGAUAAAGCAUAGCAGUGUGAACAGACAACAACACAGAGUUACACAUGGAGUAAACAAUUAACAAGUCAAUAACACAGUAGAAAAAAAGGGGAGUCUAUAUACAAUGUGUGCAAAAGGCAUGAGGAGGUAGGCGAAUAAUUACAAUUUUGCAGAUUAACACUGGAGUGAUAAAUGAUCAGAUGGUCAUGUACAGGUAGAGAUAUUGGUGUGCAAAAGAGCAGAAAAGUAAAUAAAUAAAAACGGAGUGGGGUUGAGGUAGGUGAAAAUGGGUGGGCUAUUUACCAAUAGACUAUGUACAGCUGCAGCGAUCGGUUAGCUGCUCAGAUAGCUGAUGUUUGAAGUUGGUGAGGGAGAUGAAAGUCUCCAACUUCAGCGAUUUUUGCAAUUCGUUCCAGUCACAGGCAGCAGAGUACUGGAACGAAAGGCGGCCAAAUGAGGUGUUGGCUUUAGGGAUGAUCAGUGAGAUACACCUGAAAAACAUCUUAGUUGACACUAUUUAGUUUCAAUGGAUUAACAGCGGAAAACCAAAGCACUCUACCACCACUCUCCCGAGGUAGUGCAGUCCGGUAGGUUACAUGUAUGCCCUUUUUUAAAUGUUCUUUGAUUUGGGAGAUAACAUAUUUUGUAGACAGAAAACAACUUUUCAUGUAAACUAUUUAUUGCAAGGCAAUGACAGAAAAUGUAUGAAGUAAUAGUUGAAUUAAGCUAUGGUCAGUGUUGUAGGUUUUAAGUCUGAUUGGCUCUUUUGAAUGCAGCUUCAUAUUGUGCCAUUGACACUUGUUUACCCAAUGCUAGCUGUCAGGAUCUUUUGUCAGUUUUGACGAUUUCUAAGUCGAGUGUUAUAUCCAUCCAUCCAGGGUACGCUGGUGUGCAAAUCAAACGCACUAAGUUUAACAUUGUAGAAUGUUUCAAAAGUACAAGUACUGUAUGUGAUGUUUCUCAAGUUACUUAAAUGAUGCUACUAGGUCCUUAUUUUUUGUUAUUUAUCUCUUAAAGAUGUUGUCUCAGUUAUUUAAGAGUUCAUUUGUAAAAUGAACACAGAUUGUCUAAAAUCUGACUUGAGUUAUCGUCCUUAGUAACCCAAGGAAGCACUUGUCUUUCUCAGAGAUAUGUUUUAUCUCAUAUUUUACUUGAGUGAAAUUAGGAAAUUUAAUUUAUCAGGUUAGCAUGUACACUGACUAUUUUAUGUUAUUUUGAAAUGAUUGUAAUACUUAAUAGUAACCAUUUAUUUAUAGUACCAGUCAAAAGUUUGGACACCUACCCAUUCAAGGGUUUUUCUUAAUUUGUACUAUUUUCUACAUUGUAGUGAAGACAUCAAAAUGAUGAAAUAACACAUAUGGAAUCAUGUAGUAACCAAAAAAAAGUGUUAAACAAGUUUAAAUAUAUUUUAGAUUCUUCAAAGUAGCCACCCUUUGCCUUGAUGACAGCCUUGCUCACUCUUUGCAUUCUCUCAACCAGCUUCAUGAGGUAGUCACCUGGAAUGCUUUUCCAACAGUCUUGAAGGAGUUCCUACAUAUGCUGAGCACUUGUUGGUUGCUUUUCCUUCACUCUGCGGUCCAACUCAUCCCAAACCUUCUUAAUUGGGUUGAGGUCGGGUGAUUGUGGAGGCCAGGUCAUCUGAUGCAGCACUCCAUCACUCUCCUUCUUGGUAAAAUAGACCUUACACAGCCUGGAGGUGUGUUUUGGGUCAUUGUCCUGUUGAAAAACAAAUGAUAGUCCCACUAAGCGCAAACAAGAUGGGAUGGCGUAUCACUACAGAAUGCUAUGGUAGCCAUGCUGGUUAAGCGUGCUUUGAAUUCUAAAUAAAUCGCAGUGUCCCCAACAAAGCAACCCCACACCAUCACACCACCUCCAUGCUUCACGUUGGGAACCAGAUUUCCACCGGUUUAAUGUCCAUUGCUCGUGUUUCUUGGCCCAAGCAAGUCUCUUAUUCUUAUUGGUGUCCUUUAGUAGUGGUUUCUUUGCAGCAGUUUGACCAUGAAGGCCUGAUUCACACAGUCUCUUCUGAACAGUUGAGAUAUCUGUUACUUGAACUCUGUGAAGCAUUUAUUUGGGCUGCAAUCUGAGGUGUAGUUAAUUGCCAAUUUCUGAGGCUGGUAACUAAUGAACUUAUCCUCUGCAGCAGAGGUAACUCUGGGUCUUCCUUUCCUGUUGCGGUCCUCAUGAGAGCCAAUUUCAUCAUAGCGGUUGAUGGUUUUUGCGACUGCUUUGCACUUUGGAAGUUCUUGAAAUUUUACGAAUUGGCUGACCUUUAUGGCUUAAAGUAAUGAUGGACUGUCAUUUCUCUUUUGCUUAUUUGAGCUGUUCUUUCCAUUUAAUAUGGACUUAGCCCGAUUUGGUAAAAGACUAUCUUCUGUAUACCAACCCAACCUUGUCACAACACAACUGAUUGGCUCAAAUGCAUUAAGAAGGAAAGAGAUUCCACAAAUGUACUUUUAAGAAGGCACACUUGUUAAUUGAAAGGCAUUCUAGGUGACUACCUCAUGAAGCUGGUUGAGAGAAUGCCAAGAGUGUGCAAAGCUGUCAAAGGCAAAGGGUGGCUACUUUAAAUAAUCAAAAAUAGAAAAUGUUUUGAUUUGUUUAACACUUUUUUUGGGUUACUAAAUGAUUCCAUAUGUGUUAUUUCAUAGUUUGUCUUAACUAUUAUUCUACAAUGUAGAAAACAGUAAAAAAAAAAAAGAAAAGGCCUGGAAUGAGUAGGUGUGUCCAAACGUUUGACUGGUACUAUAUACACAACAAAAAUAUAUUUAUUUUUUUCUCUGACAAUCGACAGCAAUUACACUCAAGUUUGGCAAAUAGAUCAGUGUGUUGCGUUGUGGUUCGCCAUUUAUGAAAGAAAUGCUGUAAUAUUUGGGACUGGGUGACAAAAGUUAACUCUCACAAUAUCGCUAGUUAUUACCAAUUUGUAAGUUAUAAUUUUCAGUCUUCAUUGUACUGUUAGUCUCUUGAUAAGACAUGAUUAUUUCAAGUGAUGCCAGUAUGUUGAAUGGGCCACUAAAAUUAAGGCAUUUACAAUCUGAUGACUUCUGUAUGCACAUUUAAAUGACCACCUUGCAGAUUCAUUUUGGAUGUUAGGCCUAUUCUGCUAAUGGAUUAUUUUAUUUUUUAAGGAUGUUUUGAGAUGUUUGUAAGGAGUACUUUGUAUUUUAUUGUAAUUUUCCAAGUACAAAUAAUUUUAUAAAGGAGUAUGGAUAUGGAAAUCUGUA